AUGGGGCGGCUUCUCUCUGUACUCAUGUUCCCAGUGAGCUGCCUGAUCCUCUUGUGGGUGGCCGGUUCCGGGGGCAUGAGGGUCCUUCAGAAUCCCACCUGCUUCUCCGACUACAUCGCCUUCUCCACCUGUGAGUGGGUGAUGUCCAAGCCCACCGACUGCCGGGCCGAGCUCCGCCUGACCUACCAGCUCAACUUUUACUUCUCUGAAAUCAACAAAUGUAUCCCUGAGAACAAAGCAGGUGCGGGGGACACGGUGUGCAUAUGCCAUAUGCUGACAGAUAACGUGGUCAGAGAAGAUACCUACCAGGUGGACCUGUGGGGCGGCGAGCAGCUGCUGUGGAACAGCUCCUUCAAGCCCAGUGAGCAUGUGAAACCGCUGGCCCCCAGAAACCUCACAGUUGAGGCCGACAUCUCCCACACGUGGCUGCUGACAUGGAACAACCCAUACCCUUCUGAGAACCACCUGAACUCCGAGCUCUCCUACCUGGUCAACAUCUCAAAUGAAAACGACCCCACGGAUUUUAGAAUCUAUAACGUGACCUACUUGGGGUACAGCCUCCGUGUCUCGGCCAGCACCCUGAAGUCUGGAGCUUCCUACAGCGCACGGGUGAAGGCCUGGGCUCAGAGCUACAACAGCACUUGGAGUGAGUGGAGCCCCAGCACCAAAUGGCUUAACUACAACGGGGAGACCUUGGAGCAGCGCCUCCAACUGGGCGUCGGCAUCUCCUGCGUCAUCAUCCUGGCGGUGUGCGUGUCCUGCUAUAUCAGCAUCAUCAAGAUUAAGAAAGAAUGGUGGGACCAAAUUCCCAACCCAGCCCACAGCCCCCUCGUGGGUGUCGUCAUUCAGGAUUCUCAGAUGCCACUGUGGCGGAAGCGGUCUCGAGGCCAGGAACCAGCCAAGUGCCCACACUGGAAGACUUGUCUUGCCAAGCUCCUGCCCUGUUUACUGGAGCAUGGCAUGGAUAGGGAUGAAGACUUCUCCAAGGCUGCUAGAAAUGAGCCUUCCCAAGGUCCUGGGAAAGUAGCCUGGCGCCCCGUGGAGGUCAGCAAGACGAUCCUCCGGCUAGAGAGCAUCAGCGUGGUGCGGUGCGUGGAGCUGUUUGAGGCCCAAGUGGAGAAGGAAGAAGAGGAUGUGGAGGAAGAUAAAGGGAGCUUCUGCCCAUCGCCUGAGAACAGCAGGGGCCUCUUCCAGGGGGGCAGGGAGGACAUCGUGGCCCGGCUGACAGAGAGCAUGUUUCUGCCCCUUCUCAGAGAUGAGACUGGGGGCUUUAGUCCACAAGGUGUGGAGCAGUCCUGCCUUCUUCCCCCUUUAGAAAAUGAGAGUGCUCCGAAGCCCUGGGCCGAGUUCCCAAGUGUGGGGCCCCAGGAGGCAUCGUCUGAGGACAAGGAACAGACUCUGAACCCAGAGUCAAGUCCCCCGGCCACUCCGACCCAGAACCCAGCCAGCCUGGCUCUCCCAGAGAUGCCCGCCGUCAUCUCCGACAACCCCGCUUACCGCAGCUUCAGCACCCUCCUGAGUCAGUCCUCGGACCCUGGAGAGCUUGACUCGGACCCACAGCUGGCUGAACACCUGGGGGAAGUGGACCCUGACGUCCCCGCCGCCCCCCAGCCAGAACCAGAAACCUGGGAGCAGAUCCUGCGUCAGAGGGUCCUCCAGCACAGAGUGGCCCCCGGCCCUACCUUGGCCCCUAGCAGCGGCUACCGGGAAUUUGUGCAGGCGGUGAAGGAGGGCGGCGCCCAGGACAGCGGGCUGGCCAGCUUCGGGCCCUCUGAAGAGGCGGGCUACAAGGCCUUCUCCAGCUUGCUUGCCAGCAGUGACAGCUGCCCUGCAACUUCUGGGGUUGAGCCCAGCGGCGGGGAAGGGGGCUACAAACCCUUCCAGAGCCUCGCUUCUGGCUGCCCCGGGACCCCUACCCCCAUUCCCGUCCCCCUGUUCACCUUCGGACUGCACGUGGACCCCCCUCACAGCCCUCAGGACUCAGAGUGGCCUGAGUUGGAGGCAGCAGCCAAGGGAGAUGACGGACAGAAACCUCUCUUCGCCCCGGUGCCGGCCACGGACGCCCUCAGGGACGACCUGGGCAAUGGCAUCGUCUACUCAGCCCUCACCUGCCACCUGUGUGGCCACCUGAAGCAGUGCCAUGGCCAGGAGGAGGCUGGCAAGGCGCAGACUGUGGCCAGCCCCUGCUGCGGCUGCUGCUGUGGGGACAGGUCCUCACCCCCGCUGAGUCCUCUGAAGGCCCCGGACUCCCUGCCCCAGGGGGACCCACUGGAGGCCAGCUUCUCUACGGCCUCCCUAGCACCCUUGGGUGUCUCAGAGGAGGGGAAGUGCCCUCUGUUCAAUGCCCCCAGCCAUGUCCAGAGCUCAGGCCAGGCUCCUGCAGUGGCGGCUGUGCUCUCCCCCGGGCCCACGUGCAUGGAUGCUUCCUAG